UGUUGUCAGUCGCCGCGCGUUCAUCUCGUCUCAUCCAUCCAUCCGCCUCGUGCGUUCGCGUCGCUUCGCUGUGAUGUGGAAUUAAACUAUUAUUAUUUAUUUAUUUGUUUUUGUGUGUGCAAUAUAGAGCUCGUUCUGCUGUUCGUGUGUGAGAAAAAUGCAUCAAAAUGCAGCGAACGCAUUGGAAUAAGGACAAGCCGGAGGAUAAGAACAACAACAGUGGCAGUAGGAGCGAGCAGGAUAGCGGCUGUCAUCAGCGUCUCUUCCUGUGCUUUGCCAAGGCUGUGAAACAAUUCAUUGAUCUCUGCAACAACCUGGGUGCUAACUGCAGCACGACGACAGCCACAUCCCCGUCAGCUUCCUCCUCCUCGGCGAGCAGUACGCAGAACUUGAUAGCAGUUGUGCCGCCGCUGCCAGCACAUCCACAGCAGCUGCAGGUGCAAUUACCGGCGGCGCCAGGAGAUGGAGGUGAUGGAGGGGGAGGUGGAGGGGCGGUGCCCGUGAGGCGCCACAUCUCGCAUACGACAGCCGUCAAAUUUCUGUACGCCCGUAAAUUCGAUAUACCGCGAGCGGUCUCACUGUACGAGCAGCAUGAACAGAUCCGCCUGAAGGAGUAUCUCUAUAACAUCGAUCCCGAUGUGGAGCCCUUGCGUUCCGAGCUGCAGACCGGCAAGUUUACCAUCCUGCCUGCACGCACCUCCAGCGGGGCCGCCAUCGCCCUGUUCACCGCCAAUCGGCACAGUCCGCUGUGCGUUUCGCACACGACCACGCUGCAGGGCAUCGUCUAUCAGCUGGACAGUGCGCUCCAGGAUUCGGAAACCCAGCGCGCGGGACUCGUCUUCAUCUACGACAUGAGCGGCUCCAAGUACUCGAACUUUGACUACGACCUCUCCCAGAAGAUUCUCACGCUGCUCAAGGUGAGUUUUCGAUGGAGUGGCAUACUUUUGGGCAGUUAA